CCGAAGCAACAAGAAAUAUCUACACAAAGUCUCCAAACGAAGUAUUCCUUGAAAAGGAGUCAAAGUCAAAGUCAAAGAUCUAAAGCUAACCAGAAAGCAAAUUUGUUUGAAAGUAAAAGUUCGCUACAAGGAACAACUGCGUACCAAGUAUUGAGCAUAUAAGGAAGUCGAGUAAGCUUAAAGAAGAGUUAUCAAGAUGGCAAAUCUUCCACUUCUCCUGAGCCUGGCUGAUGACCUGAACCGCCUGUCGAUGGCGCCCUUCUAUGACACGCCCUACUACUGGCAGCGCCAGCAGCGCAAUCCUCUUCUGGCACUGGCUGCCGUGCCCCUGGAACAGCAGCUGCGUCAGCUGGAGAAGCAGGUGGGCAGUGUUGCCGGACCGGUGUCCAAGGUGGGCAAGGAUGGUUUUCAGGUGUGCAUGGACGUGGCCCAGUUCAAGCCCAGCGAGUUGAACGUCAAGGUUGUGGACAACUCCAUCAUUGUCGAGGGCAAGCACGAGGAGCGCGAGGAUGACCACGGCUAUAUCACACGCCACUUCGUGCGCCGUUAUGCCCUGCCCCAGGGCUACGAGGCCGACAAGGUCGCUUCCACCCUGUCCUCGGACGGAGUGCUCACAGUCAGCGUGCCGAAGCCGGCGGCAAUUGAGGAUAAGGGCAGCGAACGCACCGUUCAGAUCCAGCAGGUCGGACCUGCCCAUCUCAAUGUGAAGGAGAACGCCAAGGAGCAGAUCGAGCAGGAUGGCAGCGGCGACAAGUGAACUUAGCAUCUCAUAUAAUCCAAAGUCAUUUGUAGUUUGUAGAAUGCAUUAACAUAAUAUUAAUCAAUUAUCAAAGUCGAUGUCUGUUUUAUAUUAUAACCCAACAUACAUACAUGCAUAUGUAGGUGUGCCAUACAUACAUAUGUCGAUAUGUCAAAACUAUAACUUGUAUUUCGUUAAGCUUCUUUACAAUUAUGAAUUGAAAA